CCCACCUCGACAAGACGAGAUUUGAGGCCGGGCUCGACGCUGGCGCAUCGAAGAUGAGGUCUUUCUGCAUGGUGGGAUUCUCCGACGCUCUUGACUGGAGACCCAUCCUCUUCCAGGAGCCCUCCAUCGAGCAGAGCGCAUGCGCCCUCUGUGGACUGGUAUCCCUGAAAGCUUCCAGGCUGCCUUGUGGCCACACGAUCUGCUCCGAGUGCCACGAGCACUGCGCUCGGCAAGGGAGCACCUGUCCCCUCGACGAGGAGUCCUUCGGCGACGAUGACUUUGGCCGAAUUGAUCUUCCACAGGGUUACAUCGGAAAGCGCCGGGUGGCUUGCUGGAACAAGCACAAUGGCUGCAGCUUCAUAGGUCCUGUUCAAAGUCUCCCGAAGCACUACACCGAGUGCACUUUCCACGUCGUGUCCUGCCCUAGGUGUCAGCUGGCCGUGCUGAGGAGCGAGAUUGUGGGACAUUGCAAAAAUGGUUGCCGCGCUCCCACCGCUAGACCCACAGCGGACACAGAUCAUGCCACCCAGGGUUACGACCGAAUCGAGCAAACGAGUAACGAACUCAAAGAAGCCUUGGGCAAACUCUCUGAAGACCUGUCCUGUCUGAACACCAGCCUCAACCAGUGCCGGGAGGACGUCAGGGCCGCUGAAAGGAGGUCCAAAGAACAGCUGAAUGCUCAAUCUGUAGACCUAUCCUGUCUGCAGUCCAGCCUCAGUCAAUGCCUGGAGGAUAUCAGGGCAGCAGGAAGAAAGUCCAGCGAGCAGAUUGAAGCUCAGUCUGAAGGCCUGUCCUGGCUUUGCGCCUGCGUUAACCAGUGCCGGGAGGACGUUAGGGCUGCUGACCAAAGGUCUAAUCAACAGCUUGAAGCUCAGUGCGCAACACUUCUUGAACACUUAGCCAGACUAUAUAUUGAAGGUCCUGUUUUUCCAGAGGUCGGGCUGAGUGCAGUGGCAGGCGUCCCCAGUGAAGUAAUUGGAUGCCAGGCUGAAAACUUGCGUGGAUGCGUCUCACGUCCGUUGAACGCCACAGGGAGCAUGCGUCAAAAGGGACGGAGGGUUCGUGAAGCAAAGGGAUUCCACUGGCAUUUUGAGGGAUGGGCAGCCCUGAAGCAAAAAACAGUAAAGGAAGGGGUUGGGCUAGCUGAGAGCCCCCGGCAGUAUGUGUGUGGCUACAAGGUGUCGAUCGUGAUCAUUUUGAGAAAGUACGGAGAUACCGUUUAUUUCAGCUCUGGGCUGAGAAUUUAUCCUGGGGACUACGAUAGAAGGCUCGAGUGGCCGUUUAGCAAGAAAUUCAUGGUCGGCGUCAUUCACAACAGGGACAGAGCAAAGAGCUACUAUGGGAGGACAGAUGCGAGUCGAAAAGAAAGGGAACCCGCAUUCCAAAGGCCGAACAGGAUUGCCAAUGAGAUCUUUCCAUGUUUGAUACCGUAUUCCCUGGAUAAUAUUGCAUGGGAUGGGUUUGUUGAACAAGACAUACUCCACCUGUUCCUUCUGGUAGAGCCAAAGUAGGCUCGCUCUUUUUAGUGAUGUGAAAUUACAUGAAUCAUUUAAGAAAAAGCCGCAAAGAUUGAUUUCUGACAGGUAUCUUUAAAAUGUCCAAUUCAUUCCCGGUACAGUUGAACUGAAUAAAAAAUGAUUGAAUUACUAUUGUGUGCUGGAACAGUAUCAC